GACGCUGUCGUGUAUAGUAUAUACCGAAUUGGUCAUUUAAAGACCAGCAAAAUGCUGCCUUUCGUUUUGGUAUCGCUCUUAGUGUCGGGCGCGUUCGCGCUGCCAGCCGUGUCAGUCUCCCAGUACAACUACAACGAGAUCGCUCCAGUUGCUGACAAUGGAAAACUAGUCUCUAGCUACUUAAGCAGUAACGCAUUCGACCUGGUCGACGGUGGUGACACCAACAUCUACAUCCUGACCAUCCAGCAGAUCAUCAACGACCUGGCCAACCAGGCCGACCCUCGUAGCCAGGCUCUGGGCGUCGCCCAGGCCAUCGCCGUCGUCGGAGAACUCGCCAGUGGUAUCCCAGGGGACGCCUGUGACGCCUCCGCUUUCGUCAACGCCUACGCCAACGCCGUCCGUUCAGGCAACAACGCUGGUCUCCGCGCCGCCCUGAACCGCUAUCUCGGUCGCCUGGCCGCCGACAUCGACCGCAUCGCUCAACUCGCCGUCAACCCAAAUGCUCUCCGUUCAGCCGUCGGACCAAGAGGCAACUGCGCCGGAGGAGGCAGGACCUACCAAUUCGAAGCAGCUUGGGCAGCUAUCAACAACGGCUCCAACGGACUCAUCAACGAGGAAUACUGCGCCGCUAAGCGUCUGUACAGCGCUUUCAACGCUCGCAGCAACAACGUUGGCGCCGCUGUGUCAGCUGCCGCUGCCGCUCCAGUCGCCAGGGCUGUGCAACAGGCCCUCAACCCACUGUCAAACUUCUUGAGAGUUGUCGCCAGUGGGGCCAACCCAUCCUCCCAGGCCGCCGCCGCCAAGGCCGCCCUCCUCCGAGCGGGUGCCAGCAUCCAGCUGUAAAUAAAAACAGACCAAUAUAGCAUCUAUAUACCUAUACCCGAACCACCCGAACUGAACAUCUAAAGAUGACUUAACUCCAUCUUUAGACACGGUCAUAUCAUAUUGUAUUUAUGCGAUUAUAAAAACAAACCUUUGGAAUAAAUAGGAUUUAUAUUUUUAUGUAAAUAUACGUUUAUACAAACAACCACGACCUGGCUUUCAUUUGGUUAACGACUGCGAUUUUUAUUGAAUAAAGAUGUAUCCAUAUGUCUAUUGCAA